AUGAUAUUCGCUGUUUCGCGUGAAUUAAUAGAUGAACUUUUAUGUGUUGAUACCAGCAUGCAUAUCAAUAAUAAUAAUGAUACAGAAUUAAAGAGAAUUAAUCAUAAUUUAAAUGAAACUGUUGAUAAAUUAAUAAAAGACAAUGAUCAAUUGAUAACAAAUGCUAAUACUUUGUUGAAUGAAAAAGAAGAACAAUAUAAACAAUUAAAUGAAGUUAGUGAACGUUUAAAUAGCCAAACAAUAUUAAAUGAACAAUUAUCAAGAAAAUUAAAUAAAUAUGAACAGAGAUUUGUCAAACUGGAAAUGGAUUUUCAAGAAGAGAAACUCACGAAUAAACAAUUAGUUGAAAAUGUUUAG